CAUCCCAAGUGUAGAUGGAUUGAAGACAAGCCAUUUCACAGACAAGACAGAACCUGUCAAAACGCAAAAGCAAAUUUUAAGCUAACGCUGACUAGAUCAAUCAACGGUUACAUCAAGUAGAGAUAGAAAGAAUGCCGUUCCCAUUUGCCAACAAAUUUUCUCCCAAGAAAACGCCACCAAGGAGAGCACAGUCACUGUCUAACUUGAACCUUGAUGCUACUACAUCAAAGCAAGAGUUUGGGUUAGAGCUGGGACCUGUCAAACUGAAGUUGGGCGAAAGUGAAGUGGUUGAAGAUGGAAUGUGGAUACAAGAUUCUGAUAAUGGAGGAUCUAGUCACAGAGAUGUCAUCCGGUUAAGGAAGCAGAAUCAACAGAUCACAGAAGAGAAUAACUUGCUCAAGUUAAAAAUUGAGAUUUUGUUAGAUAUGUUGGCGGAAUCUACAGCAGAAGUUCAUCUACAAGAGAAUGAAAUUACGCAGCUAAAAUCCUGGAUGAAGUCAGGGAGAAAGUGAACAAAGUCUGAAAGAUGUAUGAACUACAACUGUUGUAUAUUCAUGUCGACAUGGAACAACUAGUGAUACAACUGUGAUAUGUGAAACUCUGGAUAACCAACAAAGUCAUCAUCAGGAAUUUUGACAAAUGUUUACACAAACUGUUGUAUGGAAGGGAGUGUGAAAGCUUCACGACUCAAGCGAUCUGUCCUGAAUAUCUUACUAUAUGAAACUCAGGUCUGCAAUGUCAGAGGAACUCACAAAGUGUGCACGUGCAGAAGAAAUAC